UCAAAAUGGCGGAUGGAAGGAGUAUGAGCGAUAAAAGGCUCUCUCUGUCCGAUAUCUUACGUUUUGUAAACCUCUCAGAAGAUUCACGGAGUUUGGUGGAAGGUGAAAGGUUACUUGACGCGGAACACGUGAUAUUAUGUGGAAAGACUGAAGAAAGCACGUCGGGUGUUGAAAUUGUAGCGCUGUGCCUCUCGACAAGUGCGCUGAAAGGGGAUCCCCACGUAGUGACAGCAAGUUUGAAAGCUCAAAACGACUCCUUUCGGGUAUCCAAGACCAGUUGCACAUGCAAGGCAGGGAACUCGGAAUCCUGUAAACAUGAAGUCGGUGUGCUUUUGCUAUGUAACAGGAAGGGUGUGGCGAACCUAGACAUCAUAAGCUGCACAGAUACUGAAUGCUGGUGGAAAGCGAGGGGCGGGAAAAGGCCAUACGACGAAGUUUUUCCACUGGAAAACUACUGUCACGUAAAGGCAGUUCCAGCCCCAUUUGUCUCGCCAGCUGACAGAUCUGACGAAGUCAAGAGCGCCGUUAUUGCAUUGUGUCCACAUUCAGUCAUUGCAAAGCACAGCUUGCAGUUGAACAACGUUCAAGCUGGCAACCACAUCCCCGAAAUACUGGCACACUGCAAGAACAGUGCAGUUCUUCAGGAAGUGUGUGCAAGCAAAAACUCACCACAUGAACCAAAAGUGAUGGAAUUCUACCAGGAACAUGUCAUCAUUGAUGAAAUGACAGCAGCAACAUUCAUGAGUGACACCUUGCACAACAAGGUGCUGUGGUUAGAGCAGAGAAAAGUCCGGAUAACUGGUACAACAUGCUACCCUUUGUACACUUACAAGAAAGAAGACUGGAGAAAAAAGGUUCACACUACACUCCACGCCACGUUUACUGGCAAUCAAAACACCCAGUAUGGAAUUGCCAUGGAGGGCAAAGCACGCGAACUGUACAGACAACAAGGAAACAGUGAGACAGUGCUGUGUGGACUUGUGGUGCCUUCAAGCAAUCCGUGGCUCGGUUUCACGCCAGAUGGUAUUGUGUUCCAGAACGGCACACCAGAAAGACUACUGGAGAUCAAGUGUCCUGUUAAAGGCAAAAAAGACACUGCCAAUGCUGUUGCUGCUGGUUGCAGCUUUCUCACGUGUGUUGAUGGCUCUUACAAGCUCAAGGAGAGACACACGUAUUAUGCACAAGUUCAGCUUGGCAUGGCUGUUUUAAAUGUUGCGAGCUGCGACUUUGUUGUAUAUUCAAGUUUCGACAACACCAUCUGUGUUGUGAAAGUCCCCUUCAACAGGGAUUUCUGCUUACGCAUGCUUCUUCACUUAAAGGCUAUAUAUUUUAAACACAUUGUGCCCAUUCUUUGUGACACUGAAGCGAACAAACAAAAGUGAUUGUGCGUGAAGCUCUUCCAUGUGUAAAGUCAGACAAAUGAAUAGAUCAUUUGAAAAGCUUUACUGACAGCAAAUAAAUGGUAUAACAAAGAAUUACA